UAACUUACCUUUCGCCUCUAGGUUUUUAUUGGCGGUUGCGUCUUGAAGGGAGGGCCUGUGACGGUUCUGGAAGACAAGGAGAUGAAGAGUCAGCCUGAGCCCUGCAUCGUACAGGGCACACGGAUUUGGGGUGGACCCCAGAUGAUCCAGUUGAGUUUGGAUGGGAAGCGUCUCUAUGUGACCACGUCGCUGUACAGUGGGUGGGACAAACAGUUCUACCCCGACCUCCUCAGGGAAGGGUCGGCCAUGUUGCGUGUGGACGUGGAUACAGAGAAGGGAGGCCUGAAAAUCAACGAGAGCUUCCUGGUGGAUUUCGGGAAGGAGCCCGAAGGACCUUCCCUCGCCCACGAGGUGCGGUACCCUGGGGGCGACUGCAGUUCCGACAUUUGGCUGUAGGGGACGCCCUUGAGCAGUGGCCAACAGACCAUUGGGGGUUGCCAUCUUGAGG